AGUUUGAAUUCGUCAAUGGUUUCACCCUGUUUUGGAUCACGGUUGAGCUGGCUGCAUGUUUUUAUAGAACACGAGAAACUUGGUAAUCAUUUGACAUGGGUUUCAAUCCGCGUGUUGCAGUGGCCAGAGUUUGAAAAAAACAGAGGGGAAUUCCCAGCUUCUCUCAGCAAACUACGACAGCUAAUAGAAGACAAAGUGCAUAUUGUACAUUCUGAUAUCGCAGAGGACCGACAGGGUGUGGCGUUUGCGGGAGACACUGAAGGAGGACUGUGGAAGUUUGCUGUCUUGAGUAAGGAGUUGACCUUUCACCUCCAGCAGCUGCAGACAGAGACUGAACACGAGCUCAACUGCAUACAGACACAACAACUACACAUUGAAGGCCGUCUCCAGCAGCUGUCCUCUGAGUUGUUUGUUCUGCGAGAGAAGAAGAAACAAAUCCAGCAAGAAUUCUCAAGUAGCCCCACCCUUCAGACGUCCACCUUGCAGUUGAGGGCUUGUAAGGAGCUUCAGCCCUCUAUUGCUGGUUGUCUGGUCCAGUUGGAGAAGCUUGUGUUCCAGAAGGAGGCACUGAGCACGCUCCAUUACCUUCUGACACAAGACUUGCAAAGAUACCAGGAAGAGACACAGAGACUAACCUGUCUCACACAGAAAAUAAGCAAACUCAGGCCAGAAAAGGAAGACAGGACUUCCACCAACAACAGCUCCUGUGGCCACAGCAUGCAAGAAAAGAACGAGACAAACAAUAUGCAUACACCUGAGUCUUCUUCCUCCCAAUCGCCACUUAGUCCACAGCAGACAGCCAACAAAGAAGAAGCAGAACAGAACUGGAGAGCCAGUCAGAGGAAAGCAGGCCUCUCAAAUCUGCAGCGAGCCGGCAGCGUCAAAGACCUUAUCAGUAAAUUCUCUGGUCCAGAGCAGGACUUGUAUCUCGGCUCUUCUUCGAGUCUUUAUUCAGAAACAGGAAGAACUCCAAAGUUCACUUCUUCCCAGACAAUACUGCCUCCUAAGUCCAAGUUGAGUCCGACCGUUAUCGGUCGAGACAGUCUGCUGCCAAGCAUCUCUGUGACCCCUCUAUUGAAGAAGGAAAUUCAGCGAUCCGAUGGAUCUGCUCAGAAAGAUGAUGGAAUUAGUCAGAUAACUGCAAAAAUUGAUUGUCCAGUAGGAGGCAGCAGUCAGAGGACAGAUUCAAACAAAACGUCAGACUCUGGUAGAGAUUCAGUGGCGGACUCAGGCAUGGGAUCGGAGCCUGAAAACGAAUCAAACAAGCAGUCGGACAGCCUGUCAGAAGAAGAACCCUCCACUCCCCGAGUUGUGCGACCCAGCCCCAAAUAUCAACUGUUCCUCGACAACGAUCUGAAGACCAACGGCUUGAGUAGCAAGGAUGCAGAUGGUUCGGGAGGUGGAGGGUCAUCGGGGGAGGACGGCCCCAGGCUGUCCCGGUGGGAGACCACUCGGCCGGGGGUCAACAACUUCCAAGGGUCCAUGGAGUCAGUCGCCUCGCGGGACUUUGAAACUGAUCGGACACUUUUUGUUGAAAGCCCUCGAGUAUUCAACAGUCCCUAUACCAUGAAUGUGAACGCAUCUGCUGAUUAUAACCCCCUAUACCGAACAAAUGACUUUAAGAGUGGAAUGUCUCCGGCCACAUCCGAAUUGAACCUGCACACCUUCAACAGUCGCAGUGACAGUCCUGUGCCUCUCAAGCCCUCUCGCAGGCAAUAUUCUGCCUACGAUUCUCUGUUGAAGAGGAGAAACGACCUUCCUAACCCUGUGAUAUCAACCCACUACACCAUGCGUAGUGCCACUCUGGGAGGCCUCAGCAGAAAAGACUUUAUUGAAGAAUUGACCAAGCAGUUGGAUAACUGUCAGAAGCGGAACCAGUUCCUCGAGGCCGAGAGUGUGGAGAUGGAAAAAGAGAGGAACCAGAUCAGAUUUGAAAUGCGUGGUUUGCUGGUGAAUAACGAAGACCUACUGAGGACCAACACUCAACUGGCCAAUGAAAUGAAGCGAAUGAGAGAGCAGAUGAUAGAGAUGGAGCGAACCCAUCAGGCUUUGGUCGAUAAGCAGAGAGAGAUGGAGAUGGAGGUGAAGCAGGCCCGCGACAUGAUGGUGGAGGCUAAUACUCAGGAGUACGCCUUUGGCUUCCUCCAGCAGUCUCUUAAAAACAAGAUUCAGGAUGCUGAGGAGAGCCUUGAGAAGCAGACGCUGCACUCUCAGAGUCUGGCAGAGAAGUUAUGGCUGGCUGAGAGACAACUGGAGGAGCUGGAGGUGGACCAAGAGAGCAAAAGCAAGAAGACGUCUGAACUCAGCAGCACUGUUCUCCGACUGGAGACAGAGCUGGCCGAUGCCCUGCAGAUGUCUUCCCAAUCUGCAGCAGAGUUUAAUCUUCAGCAGAAAUUGCGUCAGGAUGCCCAGUUGAGGAUGGAAGAAUUGGAAGAGUCUUUGCUGGAGAAGGAGCAGGAGCUGCAGAGACUCCAGGCACUUGUCGUCAGGCUCCAGGGAGAUGUGUCUGGUAAGCUGAUAGACAAGGAACAGACGCUGGAGGAGGAGAUCCAGCUGAGAGAGAGACUCCAGCUGCAGUGCAAGCAGGCGGAGAGGACAGUGGAUGACCUCCAGAUGGAGCUGCAGACCACCAUCCAGACCAAAGAGGACCUGGCAAAACAACUCAAGCAGGCCCAGGAGAAACUAAUUGACCUAGAAACUGAUGUUGAGGAGCUGCAUGAUAGUGAGCAGAGAUGGGCCGCCAAGCACAAGAGAACUAUUGAACAGACUGAGCAGCUGCAGCUGAAACUCAUUCAGGAGAAAGAUCUGAACGACCAACUGGAAACGGAGAAGACCAUCAUUGAGAGACAGUAUCGUGAUCUACGUUUGGAGUUGGAUGCGUUUGAGAGCACCAAACCUUUGGAGGAUGUCAUCUCCAAGACAGAAAGUCGUGUCAAAGAGCUGGAGAACCUUCUGAGAACCGAGGAAAGGAACAAAGCCGUUCUUUCUAACACCAUUGGUAAACUGGAGAGGAAGAUCAGUGAGCUGAAUGAUCAGAUGGAGGAAGAGCACAGGAUAGCUGCUGAGCAGAAUGACCUGUUGGCCCAGAGAAUCCGCUCACUGAAACGUCAGCUGAACGAGGGCGAGGAGGAGGCCGGCAGGAGGGACGCUCAACUCCGUCACUGUCAACGGGAACUGGCUGAGGAAAGAGAAUCUAACGGACGGCUUCAGAGACAGCUGCUUGACCAACACCUGCAAACAAAGCGAAAGGAGACUCUGACAAUUCGCCAGACUCUUGAUAACCUGCGGCUGGACCUCAGCGUUGAUGAUGAAGAUGAACUAGUGCCACAACAGAAAGAAGUGAAAGAAGAGAAGGUGGCGGAGCAGUUGUCGGGGCAGAUCAAUAAGGUCACUGAGGUUUAAAAUGUGUUAGAGAGUAAGCACGUAUCACAAUCGGAACAUAGUAUUACAUGUUCUAUCGAAUCAAGUUUAUGCAUAUUUAUGGGGGGGCGGACUUUAUUCUACAUCUUUGCAAGCACACAUGCGUUCCAAUUAAAAUCACACAGAAAGCACAGUCAGAUUGUCUAUGUGUAACAUUUGUAAACAAACUCUAGCUGUAUCGCAGAUAGAAUAAAAUGUACGAUGUUAAUAUGGCUAAUUCUUGACAACCGCAUGGUUUAAUCACAGGUCUUAUAAAUCAGUCAGCUGCACAGAAUAUUACAUGUUGAACAUGUACUAUAAAUAUGCCUUUUUUUUUAUUUUUCAUAUCACGAUCAGUAACUUUGUUUACAGAUCAUUAUCAUCAAAAUAUUAUUUGUUAGGAAAAAAAAAAAUCAUCCCAUAAACUCACAAGCUUGAAUUGGUACACCUGAACAAACUCUAACACAUGAGCAACAAUGCUGAGUUUUGGUUGAAACUGUUGUUAAAGUAAUGAGGUAAAAACAUCUUUAUUAUUGUGGUUGUAUUUUCUAACGGUGAGGAACUGAACAGAGCUCUUUUGUUCAUACAGUUCUUUUGAGGAGGUGCCCCUAAAAUGGUGGCCAGUGAGUGUGGCAAGUGUGAGAAGACUAUCAUUAAAAUUAUUCUCCUUAUGUUCUCCUAUAGCCACAUUUGAAUGUUUAAGACCACCAACUCAUUUAUGAUUAAUUGGUAAGGGUAAUUAGUAGGGAAGGGAAUGUAUGACAAAAUGAGUAGCAGCACAAUAAUAUUCUCAGAAAAGUCUAAUUAUUACAGUUCUGAUCACCAAACUGACUGUUGGAAGGUUUGAAAAAAUGACUAAACAAGUACAAACUCACCAUGAAAAUGUUAAUAGUUCAUUCAAUAGAGUAAAAUUUGCAUUUGCAACUUGACAUUUGUCUCAGAAAAUAAUGAGCUCAGUAUAAAUAAUGUACAAGUGUUUUGUGUUGAUUUUAUGGAGUUUUGCAGACAAUCUUUAAGCUUUGUGUGAAAAAGUGGUUCAUAUAUUGUCACUAUAUUGGUCUUACUGGUUGUUACCACAUUACAGGGUUAUGACAAAACACUAUAAAGGUAUAGAGCCCAAGAGUCACCCAAGGGCUUUGACAAAUUAAUUUAUAUUGAAUAAAAGUUGUGUUCAUGUUGCAUUGUUAAUUACUUGUUGGGCAAAACAGGUUUGUAAAAAGUGAAAAGUAGAUUUCUAAUGCUGUGUCUUAAGUGUUUUGGGAGGUGUACUGCUGAAUGCAAAAAAUAAUAAUUAAAAAAAAAAAAAACGUGCUGUGCCUUAAGCAUCAAUGUGCCUAAUGUGCCCAUUGAUGUUUCUAACAUCCAGACUGUAACAUGAAGUUUUAAAACGGAAAUAACGUGAAAAAAAUGAGGAGGCUUGCAUGGAUCCAUUGAAUCUUAUGAAAAUGACGCUUCUUGUAUUUUAAUCUUGGCCAUUGUAUUUUGUGUUCCUUAAUACUUUAACUUACUGCCUUCUUUGGGCUCUUUUGAGCUGUUUUGUAUAUAAGCCGUAAUUAAAAAUAAGAUACUCAGAUAA